AGAAUCCAGAAUCUAGGUCAAUAGGUAUAAUCUUGACAUAUUUUUCGCCAUAUUCUAGAAGUAAGACUUUCCUGUUAGAUAUACACCAGCAGAUGUUGGAACAGGAAUUAAGCAGAACCGGCUGACAAUUAUCUUGCAUUGCUGUUGAGAGGAGGGGUCAAGAUCAGAGUGACCCGGGAUGCCUAGCAGGGGGUCGCGCCGUUUGAACUUGGAUUUGUGAGCGGCCUGGUCUGGAGAUAAAGGAGGACAGGAAUGUGGUGCGCUCAGGUCAUGAUGCAAGACAGAUUGGGACGGGAGGGUUGGAAUCCAGAUGGACAGUGAUGAGCCCUUGGACAUGACGUGUGACAGCACACAGCGGCAUAGCGAUGGCGGCAUCACCAUGGAUACGGAGGACAGAGUCCCCAGCCCCAGCCAAUCGGACCAGGAGGGAGACGACUCCAGUAACAAUGGUCUGAGUUCCGAGGAGGCUGGUGGCCAUAUCUCCAUCAUACAGAGGUCACCUGUACUGGCUGGGACAGGUGUGCUGGUAGAGUCUGAGCUUCAUGAUCCCGUCACGUCCGUCAGCCUGGGUCUGCUGAGUGAAGACAACCCCAUCACCUCCACUGUAACCCUCAACAUAGCCUCCUCAAGUUUGAUUGACUCUCCUGUGGUGUCUGCGGUUCUGGAGCCGACAGGCUUGUUAGCAGGGAACCUGCCUGGACAUCUGUCUGUGGAUGGAGGAGACUCCAGACAGAGCGACAGUGACUCCAUGGGGAUGACACCUGAUGAUGCUGUCAUCAACUUUUCUACUUCUCACGAUGACAGCGUGCAUGCCACCAUCAAACAAGCGGUGUCCCACGUCUCCCAAACCAUCCCUGCCUACCUCCUGACAGGGGACACCAUGGUGGACGUGACGUCACCGGGCGGGGCCCUGCUUAGCAACACCCUGCAGGAUGAGUUUGAGUGCAAGUGGCAGAAGGUUAAAUCUACUUGUGGGAAGAAAUUUAAGCGACUGGAUGACCUUGUGAACCAUGUGAAUGACCUUCACAUCCGUCCUGAGAAGGAAGUGGAGUACUGCUGCCGGUGGGAGGGCUGUGCUCGCAGAGGGAAGGGAUUCAAUGCAAGGUAUAAGAUGUUGAUCCAUGUACGAACCCACACAAAUGAAAAGCCACACAGAUGUCCCAGAUGUAACAAGUGCUUCUCAAGGCUGGAGAACCUCAAGAUUCACAACAGGUCACAUACAGGAGAGAAACCAUAUGUGUGCCCUGUGGAAGGUUGCAACAAGCGAUACUCCAAUUCCAGCGACCGUUUCAAGCACACGAGGACUCACUAUGUAGAGAAGCCUUACUACUGCAAGAUGGCUGGCUGCAACAAGAGAUACACAGACCCCAGCUCGCUCAGAAAGCACAUCAAGUCCCACGGACACUACGUGAACCAGGACCAGCAGGAGGCGUGGCUCAGGAAGCAGCAGGAGCUGCAGCAGGCUCGACAGGAGCAGAAACGACAGGAGCUGGAGAAAAAACUGGCUGCGGAGCAGAGCGGGGAUACAUCUGAUGGGGACGGGGACUCCUCCCCGAACGACGGUAGCUCGCAGGCCGACCUCACCAUUCCCGGUGCCCAGGAAUUUGUCAUUGCUUCCUCUACAGGGCCGGAUCAACAGGCUACCCUGGUGACCGUGGUCAGCCCCACGGUCAUCUGUCCCAGCCCUCUAGACUUGAGCAGUAUCUCACAUCUCCCCAACCAUGGCCACACUUACAUUGCUACACCAACUUACAUCGGCGUCGUGGCGUCCCCAACCACACCCAUCGGCCUGUCGCCCAUUCUGAGUAAAUCCAACCCUUUCCUGUCGUCCACAGUAACGUCAGGUGUGCUUGCUCACCUGAGUGCCACUACGGACAGUGUGGUGACCACCUCCAACUCUCUCCCACCUCUGGAGUCCCCCACCAAGGGGGUGAGCUCGGAGGGCCAUGAGCUGGACCAGUCACUGAUCGCCUCCAGUAACGAACUGGACUCUGAGGUGCAGGACUUGUCGACAGACGGUACCUCACGACACGCAGAUGAACACUUGAUGGGACCAAAAGAAGUGGAGUCUUGAGAAGAAGAGUUGCUGAUUUUUCCUAAAGAUUGGGACCAAAUUCAGUUGGUGCAUGACUUCUCAGAGAAGAUACAGUAGUAGGUUUACACAGUUUAGCGCUGAUGUUGCAUCAUUGAUUUGAGAACUGAUGAAAGCCAGGACAUAUCAGAACUUGUGUAAUUGGAUUUUUUUAUUGAAGGGGUUGUAGUAAAAGAUUGACAGAGACUCAGAAGGUCUUAUUAGGCUUUGCCUAUUAAUGAUGUAUGAAUACAUGUACAUCCACUAUGUGUUCUAUGAUUGUACCUGUAACUCUCAAAUCAAUGAGACUGUGCAAGGUGCUUUGGAGCUGCUUGUCUUUUGUAAGUUUUAAGUUUCAAAGGAAUUGACUGGUUUUAUCCUAAGAUGGAGGAUUUUGAUUUUUUUUACUGUGAUUUGAUGGAGUAUUGGAUGUGUUAAGAGUACACAAGUUUCUGUAAGAAACUUUUAAAGUUUGAAAUAUGGGUUGGAAGUUUGUGUUGUAUUGCUACCACUUGACCCUAGAAUGUGUAAGUUACACUGUAACAAGUGUAUGUUUUCUGAGGGACCAGUCCACAGUUGGAUGGGGUAGAGGAGGCAAAUGCCUCAGCUAUUUUGUGAAUUACCAGCACUACCCCCUAGGCAGACUGGUGAAGAGUUUGAAUUUGUAAUUUCAACCAACUGCCAGAUGAUGUAAGAUAAUGUAAAUACACUAUUAUAUGGACAAAUCUCUAUAUGCAAAGAAAUAGAAAAGAGUAGCCGUUGUAGAGGUAUAUCAUACAAUGUAAUGUCAAAAUGUAGCUUAUAUUUCACAGUCUUGCCUUAAAAACACAGUUUGAACACUGGUCUACUUAAAAUUGGAUCAAGGCAUGUUGUUGGUACCUCUGUGUUUAGGUGUUUUACAGGAUGUUCAGUUCCAAAUGUCUGUGAAAAAGCAUGCAUUCCUAUAUGUUAUUGUAUCUUUUUAUUUGCUAUAACAUAUAUAGUUAUUUUAAUGGUGAUAAUUGAUGUUAGAAAGCUUAGAUAAGUCAUGCAUUUCCAAGUUUUAAGUCACCAGUGUUUUGCUACUUGGCAGAGCUAACUUGUUGUUUGUGGCAGAGAUUUUUCUGCCAAAUUCAUGUUUGUGAGUCAGUGGCAGGACCACUUUUUUCACAGGUCUAAAAGUCACCAACAUUAGCUUCCCACUGCAGUAGAAAAUGUAAGUACUUGUUUUGCACUGUUGCCAGUUGUACUGCAUAUUGACAUACUUGAAGGGAAGAUGUCAUUGUUCUACAGCUAUUGUAGAACGAAAAAGAAAAUGCAGCUUGCUGUGUUGUGCCUAUGAUUGAGCAGUCAUAUAUGCACAUGUAAUAGGUUAGUUAGGUCUUUAUCAUUGUCACUUCUGUUGUCAAAAAAGGUAUCUGUUAUACAAGUAAUGGAUUUGUGGGCUAAGAUGUCUUGCUUGCUUGUUGCAUCUUUGUAUUAGUCAGGUGUAUUCUUUUUCUAGUGUCAUCACUACAGUCAGGUGUAUGACACAGUUACAUCACGAAGGAAGUGAUACAGCCACAGUUUUAGAUCAAAUGACAACCCAUUUCUGCCACAAAUUUGAAAUCACCAUUUCUGCCACAAAUUAUUUCUGCUGCCAUGGCAUAAUGAUUGUUUCUAGGAUCUUAAUACCCUGAAAUGUUUCUCACACGGUUUACACUACCUCGAUUACAUGUAGAACAAGCUGCCAAUUCAAGAGUUUGAAGUGAGCGACUUUACUGUGCCAUGGGUUGUACAUUCUAACAGAUGUUCUAAAUCUGAUAAGCCAGUUACUGAAGGGCAUAUGAAGAAGUGUUCAGAUGGUUGACUGUCUGCACAAUUAGUCUUUCUUCUUGUGUACAAAUUCUCUCAAUUUAAGAAACAAGUAAUUGUGUUAAUUCAAUCACAAAAAUCAAAAGCACUGGUUCGCUGGACAACUAAAGUAGUCUGGUAUACAAAUAUUUCUAGUGGAAUUUUUAAUGAAAUGCUUUAAAGUGUAUAACUGAGGACCUGUGUUUGAAAAUAGAGGGAGUUGGACUUGUUCCUUUGUGUGGCAGCCCACAGUACUGUUAUUGUUUAAUGUAAAGAAAUCUAUGUGUCCGUAUGGUGUGCAUCGACAAUUUGUCCUGGGCUGGUCCCAGUUUUGUACCAAAUCCUCAGAGUCUAUAUAUUUGUAUUUUAUGUGUAGAACUCACACCUAGAUGCCUGUGCAGUGCCACAUGUUGUAUACAUAUGUUGUAGUUUUGUACAAUAAAUAUGCUAUUAUUGUCACUAUU